AUGGCAACAAACGGAACUAACGGCCUCAAGGCCCCCGUCUCAGCGGCCACCAAACUCCGCGAGAUGCUCAACACCAAAGACAUCAUCGUCGCCCCCGGCGUAUACGACGGCUUCAGCGCCAGAAUAGCCCUAGAAGUAGGCUUCCAAUGCAUCUACAUGGUCCGUAACACACCCUCCCUCUACUCUCCCCAAACUCACGCAUCCCAGACCGGCGCCGGAACAUGCGCCUCCAAACUCGGCCAGCCAGACCUAGGCUUCGCCUCCCUCAACGACAUGCGCACCCACGCCGAAAUGAUCGCCAACCUCGACCCCAGCACGCCUCUCAUCGCCGACGCAGACACCGGCUACGGCGGCCCCAACAUGGUCGCCCGCACCGUCGCGCAAUACCACCGCAGCGGCGUCGCAGCCCUCCACAUCGAAGACCAGAUUCAGACCAAACGGUGCGGCCACCUCAGCGGCAAGACUGUCGUCGACACAGACGUCUUCGUGCAGCGUAUCCGCGCGGCUGUACAAGCCCGGCUGCACCUCCACUCCGACAUCCUCGUGAUUGCGAGGACAGACGCCCUCCAGACGCAUGGGUUCGACGAGGCGAUUGCGCGGCUGCAGGCUGCGAGGGGCGCCGGCGCGGACGUAGCUUUCCUAGAGGGGAUACACAACGAGACGCAGGCGAGGGAGGCGUGUAGGAUCCUGGCGCCUAUGCCGGUGCUGCUGAACAUGGUGGAACAUGGGGCGACGCCGUCGUGGACGCCGGAGGAGGCGAGGGACAUGGGCUUCAGGAUCAUCAUCUUCCCGUUUGCGUCUAUUGGGCCGGCGUAUGAGGCUAUUAGGGAGGCGUUUGUGAGGAUCAAGGAGACGGGGAGGACGGGGCUGGAUGGGGGGUUUACGCCGAGGAAGUUGUUUGGGGUUGUGGGCUUGGAGGAGGCGGUUAGGGUUGAUGAGGAGGCUGGCGGGAGGUUGUAUCAUAAGGUGUAG